GAUCCCCCCCGCUCCCGCCGCCGUGCCCCCCCCGUGCCCUUUUCUCUCCUCGUUUAAAAUGGCCGAUGGCCGCUGCCUCCCCCCGCUUUGUGCCGCGGCCGCGCUCCAGCCCGGGGAGAACCGUGAACCGCUCCCUCUCCCUCUGCUACGGAACCCUGACAGCCUCGGUUACCGCGGAUUCCUCUCCUGCUGCGACCCCCGCCCCAGCGCGGGGCGGGGCAGUGCAAUACGGCCGAGGGGGGGCUGCGGCGGGAGCCCCCCCGGGGCGGGCGGAGGGGCCGGGCCGGGCCCCGGGGUGGGUUGUCAGCCUCUCUCCGAAUACAAAGGGGCUGCGGGGCACGAGGAGCGCCUCGCGUCCACCGGGGCUUCCCCACCCCCGGCCCCAAAUCGUGUCGCGUCCCUCACCCCAUAAAAAUAAUAAAGCAGGAGCUGCUCGCGGCGCCGUAGCGGGCCGGGCUGCAGCGGGGACCCCGGGACACAGCGCAAGAUCACGCAUGUCCGUGCCCGCAUGCCGGGCGGGUGUCAUGCAUAGCGGCGCUGCCUCGCGGACACGUCCCGCCGCGGAUACGGGGAUAUAUGUGUGCACGGGUUUCCGUGCCCUCCCCGCGGUGCUUCCUCCCCACUUCCCGCUGUUUCCCUCCUCGGCCGAGACGGGUACCGCGUCCCGCAUCCCGAGGGCGGUGCGGGAGGUCCCGUCGGGGCGGCAAGUGCUGUCGGGGGGCGCGAGGUCACGCUCCGGCGCCUUUUUGUCAAGUUCCCGGAAGGAUCCGUCGUGGCGCCAUUCCAAAAUGCACAGGACCACCAGGAUAAAGAUGACCGAGCUCAACCCCCACCUGAUGUGUGCCUUGUGCGGCGGCUACUUCAUAGAUGCCACCACCAUCGUGGAGUGUCUGCACUCCUUCUGCAAAACCUGCAUCGUUCGCUACCUGGAGACAAACAAGUACUGUCCCAUGUGUGAUGUCCAAGUGCACAAAACCAGACCCCUCCUCAGCAUCAGAUCGGACAAAACCCUACAGGACAUAGUGUACAAACUGGUCCCGGGGCUUUUCAAAGAUGAGAUGAAGAGGCGGCGUGACUUCUACGUGGCUUACCCCGUGGCAGAGGUGCCCAGCAGGUCCAAUGAGGAUUGCAGGGAAGUCUCUGAGCAGGACAAGGGGAACCUGACGGACAAUGAGAUUAUCAGCCUGUCCAUAGAGUUUUAUGAAGGGUCAAGAGAGGAGAAGAAAGGGAAUGUCGAGAACGGGGACCUGGAGAAGGAGAAGGUGAGUGUGAUGGGACCACAGCACAGAGAGCUCCGUGUCCAGCUGCCUCCUGUGUGGCACAGGGGACAGGAGGGGACCCCAAAUUCGUGUGCUGAGGGUGGUGGGAGCUGCUCACUCUCAGCCAAGGCCUCUCCCCCUGGCCCCCUCCUGCUGCAUCCCCAGAGGAACGGGCUGAGGUUCCUGCGCUGUCCCGCUGCCAUGACUGUCAUGCACUUGGCCAAGUUCCUCCGCAACAAGAUGGAUGUGCCCAGCAAGUACAAGGUGGAAGUCCUCUACAAAGAUGAGCCCCUGAAGGAGUAUUACACCCUGAUGGACAUAGCCUACAUCUAUCUCUGGAGGAGGAAUAGGCCCCUGCCUCUGAAAUACCGCGUCCAACCCAUCUGCAAGCAGCUCAAGCUCACUCACCCGCCCACCUCCGAGUGUACCAACACCAGCGGCGCAUCCGAGUGCGAGUCGCUCAGCGACAAAGCCCACAGCCCCACCACGCUGCCCACCACCUCCUCCUCCCUGCCCAGCCCCACCACCCCAUCCCACAGCUCGUCCAGCUCCACUGCUGGCAGCGGUCCCGCGGCUGGCCCUGUGCUCAACGGUGCCUCGAACUGCCACCUGCUGCUACCCGCUGCCGGACACUGCUGCAAAUCGACUGUCAAUGGCAGCACAACCUCUGUCUUGACCUAAGCAGUGACCACACAGGGACUCCUGGAUGGCUUUUAUAUAUGUAUAUGUAUAUAUAUAUAUAUAUUAUAUAUACAUAUAUAAAUAUAUAUGUGUACAUAGGAAGAAAAGAAUGUGUACAUAGGAAGAAAAAAAAUGAACUAUACAUACUUAUUUUCUAUUGAUUGACCAGAUUAAUUUAAAAUGCAAAUAAGACACAUAAAUGUGGUUGGAUAUUUUAAUUUUUUUUUUAGGGGAGGGAUGUUUUAGGGGGUGGGUUUUUUUGCAUUUUAACUUAUGGAAGCUGCAUGCCAGAGCUGGGAACCACACAGGUGCUGCUGUCUUCCCUGCUCAGUUUCUCUAACACUUUUUCACUCCUCCCCAUCCCUCUCUCUCACGCCUAGCUGCACAGGUAAGGGCCAAGCACAGAAGCCAAAAUCUGCUCCUUCUCCCCAUGCCCUGCAUUUUUUUGUGUUUAUUUGGGGUUGAGUUGGGGUGGGUUGGGUUUUUUUGGCACUAGGUCUGAUAAACGUGGUGCCUGUGACCAGCUGGGACCAGUGGUCCAUUUGUUGGCAUCAAGUAUUGCUCAUCAUUGCCCCCCAGCUUCAAUGUGCCAUGCACAUUUCUGUUUGGUUUUGCUUUCCCUUUGUGCUCUCUGGAUGAUGUUUCAGGCAAAUCCUCACACAAGAUAUUCCCUUUAUGCACAGUAAGUAGGUUCUUUUUAUUUUCCCAUCUUAUUUCUGCUUGCAAGUUGCUGGCAGAGGGCUGGAUGCUCUGGGGGUGGGAGCAGAAGCCCUGCUGAAUAUUGGUCUGUCCUUCCCAAGGGAGCUGCCACCUCCCUGAGGCUAAUGGGCAAGCACUGGGUGCCACCUGGAAAUUUCAGCUGAGAGGUGUCUAAACCAUUGGGGGAUGCUUUGGCAGCACUGGGUGAGCCUGCAUGGGACUCUCCCCCUCCCAUCACUGGCUCCCCACUCACCGCCAUGGCUUCCAUGCCAUGUUUGAGCACUUUUUCUUUCUCAUUCCUCCCCAUCCUUCCUACCUUCUCCUGUCCCCACAUUGGGUUUUUAAAAAAAUAAAAUAACAAAUAAACCCAAGACUACAGUGCCUUUAGCCAGGAGGCUUCAGUGAGAGGGCAAGUGUGGGAAGGUGCUGCCAUGUUCCAGGCAGGAGCGGAGCCGCACUGGCUGCCUGCACCCUCUGGGCAAGGGACCAACUUAAACCAAACACAAAAGCACACGAGCCCCAGGGAGUGCAGCUCUCCUCGGGGAAGAUUUCUCUCCCACUCUUCCUGGGGAGGGGAGUGAAUGACAAAAAAAUAUGAAAGUGCCUGCAUCAACAGGUGGAUGGCGCUUGACAGUCAGGCACGGUGAGAACUAAAGGAAAGUGGCAUGGGAAUUGUGUAACAGCCUCACUCCAAAGGUCAGGAAACAUGGGAUGUUGUUACUGUAGGUUUUAGUUAUUUGGAUUUUUUUUUUUUUAAGGAUUGCACCCCCAUCGCAGACUCGAUAGCAGCACUCCUGGGCACUCUACAGCCUCCCGGGCA